AUGGCCGACUUUUGCAUCUGUUCUUCUGGGGGCGUUAGACCAGGGCGAACUUUCUCUCAGAAAGGUUCGCAACAACAAUCUCGUCUACUGGAGGGGGUUCGAAUCGUUGAGGCGUGCAGCCUGCCGGCAGGUCCCUUUUCCGCAGCGUCGUUGGCUGCCUGCGGGGCUCAGGUCUUGAAGCUUGAGCUGGACCCUUUGCCAGGAGGGAAAUUGAGUGAAGCAGAGCUUUCCCAGCAGUGCAGCGGGGCGGCUUCCAGUUGGUGGAGUUCGGUACCUCAGCCCUUGGCGCUGGACCUGGAGUUGCCCAUGGCCCGGCAGGUCUUGGAGCAGACUCUUGCGGAGUGCGACUGCUUCAUCCACAGCUUCAGGCCUUGUGCUGUUCUAGCUUGUGAAGCAGCUUGUACCAUCCAAGCUGACUCCAUGCUGGCCUUUCGUCCAUUCAUUUGGGUGACACUAUGCCUGGCAUUGGUGCAGGGGGAAUUCCAUACCGAGACUGAAGAGAACUGCACCGAGUGCUCCCUCUCGUUGUUGCAGAGCAGCAUGCAGCGUGCCUCCGGGACUUUGACCGCGGAGGAGAAGCAGAAAAAGCCGGAGGCUGAUAUGGACAGCACUCCGAAGUUGUCAUUGGCGGAGGUCGAUAACGUCGAAUUCCCCAAGGCUGGCCACAACUUGCUGCAGUCCGCCUUCCUGAAAGAUGUUGCAACCGCCAUCCGUGCGAACAAGGCCCAGGCCCGGCUUGCGGAAAGUCCACAGCUCCUCAUCGUCAGUCUGUCAGGUCUCCAGAGCCUCAUGGGCCAGCCGUCUUUGUUCGCAUUCCAGGGCUUCGUGGAGAUGGAGGUGCGAUAUGCGUCCAGAUUGGCCGCACAGUUUUUCUCCGAACUUGCAAGGAUGGCCAGCCCCCGUCCUCCCAGUGCAUAUCCGCCACAGCAGGAUGCCCAGCGAAGCUUCACGCAGCGCAUUGAGCGCAUCCGGGCCGGUGAGCGCUCAGGUGGAGUGCUGUUAAUCGGGGCGCCCCUCUUGCUGAUCCUCCUGUCGAUCCCUGAAGCUCAAGAUGCAAAGUUGAGGUUCAGAGCUGCCCAGUCGGCAGCAAACUCUGAGGUCACCAAGGCGUUGAGAGGGCAGGAAACAGUGGCAUUUUUCCAUCCUUAUGCAAACGCCGGCGGUGGCGGCGAGCGAGUUCUGUGGUGCUGCAUACGAUCUGUGCAGCAAAACCACCCAGGUGUGGCCUGCGUGGUGUACACAGGGGACACGGAUGUGACCGCCGCAGGGUUGCUUGAGACUGCACAGCAACGAUUUGGCUUGACUAUCAAUGCCGCAGGUGUCCAUUUCGUCUUCUUAACCAAGAGGCACUGGGUUGAGGCUUCCUCAUGGCCUCGCUUCACGCUGAUCGGACAGAGCUUGGGCUCGCUGGUCCUCGGCUGGGAGGCAAUCUGCCAAUUCCAGCCAGACGUGUACAUAGACUCCAUGGGCUACGCCUUCACGCUGCCGUUGUUUCGCUUGCUGGGCAGCUGCCGCGUUGGAUGCUACGUUCACUACCCCACCAUUUCGACAGACAUGUUGGAGCAGGUGAGCUCUGGCGUCCAUGUGCAAGGCAUGACACGAAUGGUGGCGCCUUGCACAGGAAGUGAUGCCGUGUGCAAUGAUGCCAUGGUCGCGCGCUCCAGCAUACUUUCCGCGGCGAAGCUGCUGUACUACAAGGCGUUUGCCACGCUAUAUGGGAUGGCCGGGAAAUCUGCAGACGCGAGGGCCUCAAGGCAACGAGUUCAAGAGAUGCUGACGCCAGCACUGCUCAAUCUCAGGUGGUCCUCGUCAACUCUUCUUGGACUCGCGGCCACAUCGACACUUUGUGGGCAGUGCUUGAAGCCUGGCACAGCUUGUGAGAAGUUGAUGUGGGAAGCAUAUGCCAGUGCAGACAUGUCGGUACAUCGAUGCAUCCCGAUCAUCAUGAUGAUCAUCAUGCUGUCAGCUCGAUCUCGACACAUUUCGCCGAGGAGGGUGUGUUUUUUGGGAAAAGCGGGGCACCUCCCGUGGUACAUGGACCCAGAGGACUUCACUGGCAAGCUGGUGCUUUCCCUCGCCCAGUUUCGACCAGAAAAAAACCACGCUCUCCAGCUUCGGUCCUUUGCCAAGUACAGACAGGAGAAGACGGGUCCGGUGCACGGGGAGCUCUUGGAAAAACGGAUCGAGAACGUGGUAAGGAUGUCAGGAGCUCAGGGGCCAUUGGCAUGCCAUAUUCACCUUGUGGGGAGCUUCCCAGCCUGGUGGGCCCAGCGGCCUUGCGCAAAGAGCGUGGUUUGGGCAGGCCGAGACGAUGGCGACCGCCGGCGGGUCGAGGCCUUGCGGAAGCUCUGCGGCGAGUGGCUGGGGUUGCACGAGGAGGGUAAGGAGGGCGCUGGUCGAGAGUGGGAUGUCAGCUUCCGGACCAAUGUGCCCUUGAAGGAGAUGCAAAGCCUGUUGUCUCAAGCGGAUGUGGGUCUUCACACCAUGCGUGACGAGCACUUCGGAAUCUCGGUGGUGGAAUUUAUGGCUGCCGGCGCCGUUGUCAUCGCUCAUAACUCUGCUGGUCCUGCCAUGGAUAUUGUGACACCUCUGGCAGAUGGACGGCGAACCGGUAUGCUCGCAAGCGAUGAUGCGGACUAUGCUCGCAAACUUCGCGAAGCUUUAGACGAGACAAGUACAGACGAUCGGCGCAAGAUCGCUGAGGCUGCUCGAGAGGCAGUCCGAGAUCGCUUCUCACAGGAAGCCUUCGAGGAGAACGUGGCCCAGCGUCUCAUUGCACCGCUGAGGAAGCCUCGGCAAAAAAGCACGUGA